CCGACGGAGCUGGUUCGCUCGCGGCCCCUGCUGGGUGGAAGGCGGGCCCCUCUCCGCGGGUCCCCUGUCAGUCAUUGGCUCCCUGCCGUUUCCUUGGGGACGUGGCGCCGCCGGCGGCCCAGGCCUCCUUCCGGCUCGGGUAGAGGCCGCUGGGAGCACCUCCGGACCUAGCAGAGCGGAGCUGAGGGAGCCGGCGGGCCGCUCGACCCGCUGCAGACUUCGGAGAUGACUGGGACGAGGAGACCACCUUCUCAAGGCAAAAGGAAAAGGAGGUGACAGGCCUUGAGACCACUGAAGGGAAUCCAUGGCUAGGGCUGCAUCUGGACUUCGCAGCCUGGUCAGAUGGAUGCAGAGAUCAAAGCUGCAUUCUUUUGAAGGCAGAUUCAACAAUACCUUACAUCCCAGAGCCCCCGGGGUGAUAGAGUGAGUGCCCGCUCAGCUCUGGAUCAGUUUUUCCUACCUCUGCCCAGCCUCCUGGUACUUCACUGUGCCCACAGUGAGCCCAUUUCCCCGGCAGCGGGUGGCAUUCCUAGGACUCUUCUUCAUAUCCUGUCUCCUUUUACUUAUGUUAAUCAUGGACUUUCGACAUUGGGGUGCUUCAUUACCACGAGACAGGCAAUACGAAAGGUAUUUGGCUCGAGUAGGAGAUCUUGAAGCUACUGACACUGAGGACCCAAAUCUAAAUUAUGGACUUGUUGUGGACUGUGGCAGCAGUGGCUCUCGGAUUUUUGUUUACUUCUGGCCAAGACAUAAUGGGAAUCCUCAUGACUUGCUGGACAUCAAACAGAUGAGAGACCGUAACAGCCAACCAGUGGUUAAAAAAAUCAAGCCAGGAAUCUCUGCAAUGGCAGACACUCCAGAACAUGCCAGCGAUUACCUUCGUCCUCUGCUGAGCUUUGCUGCUGCUCAUGUGCCUGUGAGGAAGCACAAGGAGACCCCCCUUUACAUCCUCUGCACAGCAGGCAUGAGGCUUCUCUCUGAGAGGAAGCAGUUGGCUAUCUUGGCUGAUCUAGUGAAAGAUUUACCUCUGGAGUUUGACUUCCUCUUUUCUCAGUCUCAGGCAGAAGUGAUCUCUGGGAAGCAGGAAGGGGUUUAUGCAUGGAUUGGAAUCAACUUUGUUUUGGGAAGAUUCGACCAUGAGGAUGAAUCAGAUGCCGAGGCUCCCCAGGAAUUGGCAACAGGACGCAGAAGGACAGUAGGGAUACUGGAUAUGGGAGGAGCCUCUCUCCAAAUUGCUUAUGAAGUUCCUGCCUCAACUUCUGUCCUUUCUCCACAACAGGAAGAAGCUGCAAAGAUCUUGCUGGCCGAGUUCAACCUGGGCUGUGAUGUGCAACACACUGAACAUGUGUAUAGGGUUUACGUCACAACCUUUCUGGGAUUCGGGGGCAACUUUGCCCGGCAGCGCUAUGAAGACCUUGUGAUGAAUGAAACUCUUAACAAAAACAGGUUGCUGGGCCAGAAGACAGGUCUGAGUCCCGACAAUCCAUUUCUAGAUCCCUGUCUGCCUGUGGGACUCACAGACGUGGUGGAAAGGAACAGCCAGGUCCUUCAUGUCCGAGGAAGAGGGGACUGGGUGGCUUGUGGGGCCAUGCUGAGCCCCCUGUUGGCUCGCUCCAGCACCAGCCAGCCCUCGCUGAAUGGCAUCUACCAGUCUCCCAUUAACUUCAACAACAGCGAGUUCUACGGUUUCUCCGAGUUCUUUUACUGUACAGAGGAUGUGUUACGCAUCGGUGGCCGCUACCACGGGCCAACAUUUGCCAAGGCUGCUCAGGAUUACUGUGGCAUGGCUUGGUCAGUACUCACUCAGAGAUUCAAGAAUGGCCUCUUUUCAUCACAUGCAGAUGAGCAUCGACUCAAAUAUCAGUGUUUUAAGUCAGCUUGGAUGUACCAAGUUCUUCAUGAAGGAUUCCACUUUCCCUAUGACUACCCAAAUCUGCAGACAGCCCAGCUGGUCUAUGACCGAGAGGUUCAGUGGACGCUGGGAGCCAUUUUGUAUAAAACACGCUUCUUACCACUCAGGGAUCUACGGCAGGAAGGUUCCCGACAGGCCCAUGGUAGCUGGUUCCGUCUCUCCUUUGUGUACAACCACUAUCUUUUCUUCGCCUGUAUCCUGGUGGUGCUACUGGCCAUCAUCCUGUACCUUCUGCGGCUACGCCGAAUUCACCACCGACAAAGUCGAGCCUCAACCCCAUUGGACUUACUGUGGAUCGAGGAGGUGGUGCCCAUGAUUGGGGUACAGGUUGGGCCAUGAGGCUGGACAGGUUCUAGGGGAACUCAAGUAUUCAGAAUUGCUGCCCAUUGAAUUCCACCACUUUCUGGUACUGGCCUCAGAUGCUGCUUUGCCUGACUUUGUGGAUAUUUGGCCUUGAAAUUUCUACUUUAAUACCUACUUUAAUUCAUUCUCAAUAUCCAGGUCCUCUUCUCUGAGAGAAGCUGUAAUUUAGUCUAUGAAGAACUAAAUGAGAGAUUGGUGCUAACAAAGGGAACCAACUUUAGUCCAAUUGAAGCAUGCUUCUACUCCUCUAUCUGAGUGAUUUGGUGUGCUCCUGGGAUCUAGACUUUUCUCCCCUUGCUUAAAGCUUGAAGUUUGGCAUUAGGCACACUGGAAGUCUGGUUGAAACCAAACUUGGAGCGUCUGAUUCAAAGCCGAAGACAUUCUAGCAAAUGCAGCAGCCCCUUCUUUCUCUGUAACAGAGAUAUCACUUAUGUGGAGAUCCACAGCCUUUAAUAGGGAUCCAAGAUCUUUGCAGUUCAGCGGAACAAAUAAGAAUUUCCAGGCAACCAAAAUAACACAGCUUCUUUGCUUACUCGACAAAGAAGCCAUUGUGAGUGUGGUCCAAGAUCCCUGACAUACUGUUGCUGAUGUUAGUUUGUGAUUUUAAAAGGUUAGAACCCUUUCUAAAUGAAUGGUCCAUUGACGAUUUUAACAAUAUUUUAUCUGAUGCCUGGUAAGACCAGGAUAGAAAAUUUUUCCAUGUCUAUGUGCCUCACAGGCUGUUUGGGCAUUAAUUUUUCUUUUUGAACCUUAAGUGUGCUUGUAGGGUUGGAGAAACUGUGAUGGGAAUUGGAGACCUAGAUUUGUCUGGUUUCAGGUCACUGUCCUCUAGGCCUAUUUUUAUGAGUCCUUAUGUGGGAAGAUUCAAAAAAAAAGAGUUCCUUUAUUUCACUGCUAAGAUCAAUAUGUAUUUUGGGAAGGGAUGCAUUUGGAUUGUUUUUAAAGAAGGAAAGAACAGUAUCAGGAGAGUGGACAAAGGCAAUAAAAUCCAAGCUCUUAUUUAUUAAUGUUUUUUCUGAGAAACAGAAGUUCUCUCAGUUUGACUCUUGGAAUAUUUGAAAAGAAACAAAUCCCAAACUUUGGAAUAAAUAUAAAUCUGUUAACCUGGCAACUUUCAGAAUAUUUCUUAAGAGAUUUCUCGGUCAUAAACAGCAUUUCCAUUAAUGGGGAGAGAGGAAAAGCCAUAGUAAUUACAUUUUUAUCUCCUACCCUUCAGGAGCUUUGCUUUUUCUCUGCAUUUAGCCUUCAAAUUGCACAAGGAUUUCUUUUUCAUCCCCGUGGAACCUUCUUUAUACGUUAAUCACCAUUCCUCUAUGUAGCCUUAAAUGUCCUGCCCAAGAAUAUGCUCCCAGAGUUAAAACAGAUUUCCUUUUUGUUAGCUUUGAGUUCUAGGAUUACAUGAGUAGGGGAAAGGUCCUUGACUUUAAAGGGAAAAGAAAGUGGAAUUCUUAAAAAAUAAAUUCCAUACUGGGAGCAGAAAGGAAUUAAGUGCUUCAUAAAACCAAGAAAAAUAAAUCCAAAUCCUCCUAGAAAUAAAAUGGGUUGAAAAUAAGUAUACUGACUCUUGGUUGGUAGGUGAAAAGAUCAUGAGUCUUGAAUUGUUUUCAAAUUAGAUUAAAAUGGUUCCAGCAAAGAGUCUUACAGGUUCCUUUGGAAGUACUUUUUACUUUUCAUUAGGGCUUAUGUCACAGCAGUUUCCUUUAAUUUUUAAGGUUUCUAAAUUGCCUUGAUUUUCUUUGACUUCUUAUCUUUGUACUGUGAGUGACCCCUUGCCUUAUGAAUGCUGCUUAUAAAUAAUGUCAUAAUAUGUUUUGCUAGCCAUUGCCUACUCAGGUAACUCUUUUCCCCUCUCCUUGGUUUCCAAAUACUAUUUUUGGUCUUCUUGUGUGAUCUAGUGAAAGAUCUCAAAAGCUGCCUAGUUGGCUAACAGUGAUCACAUUUGUAUGCUCAGAAUGAAACUGAAGCAUGGAGGAGGUGGUGAUUAGUCCAAUCUAAUUAGCUCAAAACUUAAUCUUCAUCCUGGCUAUGAUAAUAGCUACCAUUUGCAAAGCACUUAUUGUGUACCAGACACAUCUUUAAGAAUUUUAUGUAUAUUAUUUGCUCAUCGUGAUAACCUUUCAGAUUAUUGUGUUCUUUUUAUAGUUGAGAAACUCAGGAUACCUGUUUAUCAU